GUAGAGACUCUUGGAUGACCCUUACUCCAAGGUGGUAGAGGAAGCUCUUGGAUGACCCUUACUCCAAGGUGGUAGAGGAGACUCUUGGAUGACCAUGCAUGUUCCCCUGCAACUCCUUGAUCUUGAUAAGGUUAUCCGGGUGUAGACUCCUUUGGGCUUGACUAGUUGGAUCUCUUGACAUUGGACCUUUAGCUCGAACCAGGCUUGUAACAUGGGUUGAGCCUGGCCCAUCAGUUAUGAUGAUCAUACAACAGCAUGAACAACAACAUCAGUUGUUGCUAUUUAUCCUAUGAAAGUAUGAUUUUUGCUCAAUAUCUGCAUACUACUGUGUUUCUUCUCUCCAUGAUUGAUUGUGCAAAGUGCUUUCUCAUCUUGGGUAUAAAAAGUUCUGCUAAUUGGUAAAAAUUACUUGUUCAUAUCUUGAACACUGUUCUCUGUGGAAAUUCUAUUUUGGCAGCUUUUGUGAUUUCUGCAAAACCAGGUGUUGCUUAUAUUCAUUGUGUGAGUAGGGUGAGGCAUCAUCUCAUACUUCAGAAAUCAUUACAAUUUUUCAGGAAUCAUGACUUCUUUUCCAUUGAAAGUGAAGAAAUUCAUAGCAACCUUUGGAAAUACUUCCAGCAGAUCAUUUGAAAGUCACCAAGCAUUGCUAGUCAGUAAAUUUAUGCAUAUGGAGCUGGAUAAAAUUAAGUUCUAUAUGCCAGGCCAAACUUGUGAUCUUGCUCAAAUGCGACCAGCUUCUGACACCAUGUCAGACCCCUUUGCUUCCCAUCAGGCAAUAGUUCUCACCAGAUUCCCGGCAUUGGCACUUAUUUUCACUAAUGCCUUGAUUUUAUCUACACCUUUAGAAGCUCUGGCAGAAACAUGCGAGGUCAAUAAAUCAGUUUUUGACAUGCCCUUGCUGCUAUUUGUUGCUCUUGUAGGAGCAACUGUUGGAGGAUUGCUUGCACGACAGAGGAGAGCAGAAUUGGAACGGCUGAAUGAACAGCUGCGCCAGAUCAAUGCAGCUCUGAGAAGGCAAGCUAAGAUUGAAUCUUAUGCACCCAGUUUGAGUUAUGCUCCUGUUGGUGGUAGGAUACCCGAAAAUGAGGUAAUUGUUGAUCCAAGGAAGCACGAGUUAAUUGCUCGCCUAAAAAAUGGGAAGAAUUUUCUGAGAAAUCAAGACCCAGAGAAGGCUCUCUUGGAAUUUAAGACAGCUCUUGAGCUUGCUCAGAAUCUAAAGGAUCCAACAGAGGAGAAGAAGGCUGCUAGGGGUGUAGGAGCCUCGCUGCAAAGGCAGGGUAAUUACCGGGAAGCCAUUAAAUACCACUCUAUGGUUUUGGCAAUUUCAAAAAGAGAAGGAGAGGAUUCUGGAAACACAGAAGCUUAUGGAGCAAUAGCUGAUUGUUAUACUGAGCUUGGAGAUCUGGAGCGAGCUGGGAAAUUCUAUGACCAGUAUAUUGCAAGGAUCAAUUCUCUCCAAAAGCUGCUUUUCACAAGUAACAGAAGUAAGAGGUUUAGGUGGCAGCAAAACUCACACCAAGAUGCAUGCAAUUAUGGUAUAAAAGUAAUUAGAUCAUUAGGUAGUACACUCCAUGUGUUCAGCCUCAAGUUUUUUGAGGUCAGAAGGAGUCUCUGUGGCAAAGUCUAA